UGGUUCGAAAAAUUUUUCAUUAUUUUUUAUUUUAUGGUGGAUGGUGCAUUACCAGUUUUAUUUAUCAUUAUUAUUGGUAUUAUCGAUCACAUUCAUAUCUCCGAGAGUAUCUCACAAGGAAUCUCUCAAUAUUGUGAAUGAUAUGGCCAAUGAAGAAAUGAGGGAUAGUGAAAACAAAUAUUCUAUUUUGUUGCCUACAUACAAUGAACUAGAAAACCUACCGAUAAUAAUUUAUCUACUUACUAAAUAUUUGGACAAAAGUGGAUAUGAUUAUGAAAUAAUUGUUAUUGAUGAUGGUAGCCCAGAUGGUACCCUUGAGGCUGCCAAGCAACUGCAGAAUAUCUAUGGCAAAGAUAAAAUUAUUCUGAGACCUAGAGAGAAGAAAUUAGGCUUAGGCACUGCCUACAUUCAUGGUAUCAAACAUGCUACUGGUAAUUUCAUCAUUAUAAUGGAUGCAGAUCUUAGCCAUCAUCCCAAAUUCAUUUCACAAUUCAUAGAGAAACAACAAUCUGAAGAUUUUGAUGUAGUUUCUGGAAGCAGAUACAUAGGCUCUGGAGGUGUUUUUGGUUGGGACUUCAAAAGGAAACUAGUUUCCAGAGGUGCCAACUUCCUGACUCAACUUCUGCUGAGACCAGGGGCUUCAGAUCUUACAGGAUCUUUCAGGCUAUACAAGAAGGAUGUUUUAGACAAACUCAUCAAGAGCUGUGUUUCUAAAGGUUAUGUUUUCCAGAUGGAAAUGAUUAUAAGGGCCAGAGAGCUGAAUUUCACAGUGGGGGAAGUGCCUAUCACUUUUGUAGAUAGGGUUUAUGGGGAAUCAAAAUUAGGAGGAUCAGAGAUUGUACAGUUUGUCAGGGCUAUGUUGUAUUUGUUUGCUACAACAUAAUUAAUUAUAUAUAAAAUAAGUCUUAAUCCUACUGAUGAACAUGUUAAUUUAAUUCCUGGAUAUUAUAUUUUGUUAUAAAGGAAUAACAUAGG